AUGAAAGUUCUCAUCUCAGGUGGCGGCAUCGCCGGGCCAUGUCUCGCAUACUGGCUUGCACGCACACGACUUGACAUAGUCACGACGAUAGUCGAAAGAUCACCCAUCCCAAGAAUCACGGGCCAGUCCGUCGAUGUCCGCGGCACGGCGGUCGACAUCGUCAAGAAAAUGGGGCUCGAGGAAGCCAUCAAAACCCGGCAUACCACCGAGGAGGGCACAACCAUGAUUAGGCGAUCGGGAAAGGGCAGCUUCGCGCGCUUCAAGGCGGGAGACGUCUUUACGGCCGACUAUGAGAUCCUCAGAGCGGACUUAUCGGAGCUCUUCCUCCAAGCCACGGAGGAGCUGAGCAGCGUCAAGUACAGAUACGGCGACUGUAUCACGAGCCUCCAGCAGACCCACAAACAUGUCGAUGUCACUUUCGCCAGCGGGUUGAAGGAUACGUUCGAUCUGGUCGUCGCCGCGGAUGGGUCAAGUGCAGCGACGAGAUCGAUGAUCCUCGACGAGCCGACACUCACAGGCUGCUACAGGUUCCUGGGCCAGUACAUUGCCUUCUUCAGUAUUCCACGGCAGUCCGACGACCCAAAACUAUGGCAGAUCUACAACCCUGCACGGGGCCUGUGCAUCAUGAUCCGCCCGCACAACAACACCUCCACCAUGGGAGUGUACCUAUGCGUCACCACGCCAUCACACUCGCAACGAGACCCUGUCUUCGAGGAAGCCAUGGAGAAAGGACCCGAGGCCACGAAAGAGAAGCUGCGCGAGUAUUUCGAAAACCUCGGCUGGCAGGCCAAGCGCGUGCUCGAGGGCAUGGACCAAGCGGACGAUUUCUACUUCACGCGCGCCGCGCAGGUCAAGCUGCCCCGAUGGACCGGUGGCAGCGGCCGCGCCGUGGUCAUCGGCGAUGCCGCCUUCGCCACCUUCGGCGUCGGCACCACGCUGGCCAUCUCCAGCGCGUACAUCCUUGCGGGCGAGCUGUCCAGGAUCUCGACCGGUGAUGUCGACAUCCCGCAAGCGCUGGAGAGUUACGAGCGUGUCUUCCGCAAGCUGUAUGCCAAGAUGGAGGACCUCCCGCCAGGGUAUCCGCAAAUUAUAUUCCCCCAGAGUCCCUGGGCGAUUCGGCUGAGAGACUUCUUGAUCUGGACGGUGGCGGCGACCAAGGCGUAUAAAUUGAUUCCUGGCGAGGGCGGGGUGGAUUUUUCGCUUCCGGCUUAUGAAUGGGAGGAUGGUUCUACUUGA